GGGGCGGGGAGACACACCAAGAGAGGCUGGGGAGACCAAAAGUUGAGACUGAGCAGACCAGGAGGGGAGGCAGAAGAGAAAGCCUGGCAGAGAGAAGGCCCAAGGGGCUUGUGAUCUGCCCGCAGGACUGGGACCCUGCUAGCUCUAUCCCCCAGCCCCACCCCAGGCAUUCUGACCUCGAGUCGUUUGGGUGCAGGGAAGCCCAGCUGGAUGCAGGCAGCCUGGCUCUUGGGGGCCAUAGUGGUCCCUCAGCUUCUGAGUUUUGCCUAUGGAGCCCGAGGUCCUGGGAGGGAGUGGGAGGGAGGCUGGGGAGGGGCCCUGGAGGAGGAGCGAGAGCGGGAGUCGCUGACGCUGAAGAAUCUCCAGGAGCCCCUAGGGUUGCCCACCGGGGUGGGAAAGAAGGAAUACCCUGAAGGCAAAGAGGUCUGGGAGACCACCGAGACUCAAGGGGAAGACGAGGAAGAGGAAGCCACCACUGCGCCUUCUUCUAGUCCCAACCCUGUCCCCAGCCCUUCUCCCACAGCAGAGGACACUGUCACUUACAUCUUGGGCCGUUUGGCCAGCCUCGAUGCAGGCCUACACCAGUUGCACAUCCGUCUGCACGUGUUGGACACCCGUGUGGUUGAGCUGACCCAGGGGCUACGGAAGCUGCGUGAUGCUGUGGGUGACACCCGCGACUCAGUGCAAGCCCUGAAGGAGGUACAGGGCCGUGCUGAGCAGGAGCACGGCCGCUUGGAGGGCUGCCUGAAGGGCCUGCGCCUAGGCCACAAGUGCUUCCUGCUCUCGCGAGACUUCGAGACCCAGGCGGCGGCGCAAGCGCGGUGCAAGACGCGAGGUGGGAGCCUAGCGCAGCCUGCGGACCGCCAACAAAUGGAUGCCUUAAGCCGGUACUUACGUGCCGCUCUCGCCCCCUACAACUGGCCGGUGUGGCUGGGAGUGCACGACCGGCGCUCGGAGGGGCUCUACCUUUUCGAGAACGGCCAGCGCGUGUCGUUCUUCGCCUGGCACCGCGCAUUCAGCCCGGAGUCCGGCGGCGUCCAGCCCAGUGCGGCAUCACAUCCACUCAGCCCGGAUCAGCCCAAUGGCGGUGUCCUGGAGAACUGCGUGGCCCAGGCCUCGGACGACGGGUCCUGGUGGGACCACGACUGUGAGCGGCGCCUCUACUUCGUCUGCGAGUUCCCCUUCUAGAGAGCCGGCCUCGGCCCGGGAGCUCUAGCGCACCGUUUGCACCGUACACCGCGCACCCUACUGCUAAGGGUCUGGGGUCGCUCAGAGAUUUAAGCAUGCCCAUGAAUACAUUUUAAUAAGAAGAGGCUUUUUACUUUAGAUACUGGCACCCAGACUGAUUGGGGCCAGGGCUGCCCCUGAGAUCGCUUCCAAGAUGCAAGCCCUAGUCAUAUCAGCCCAGCGCUUAUCAAGGAAGGCAAACCCCACAAGAGUGCAUGUAGCCAGCUUACAUGUAGGCCGAAGCAUACAUUUUAACAUAUAUGUCUUGCAGUUGACCUAGUCAUUCUUUGAGCAGAGGAAGCAAAAUUAAUGAUGAAAGCAGAAAUAGCAGUUAGUCUUACAACUAAAUUUGCUAGAAUAGCAAAUUUGACAAGGCCAAUCAAUUUCAGAAUAGUAUUCAAUAUCUGGGAGAAAGAGGAAGCGGACCGCUAGUGUACACCCCGCACAAUACGGGCUUUCAUCUCAGAGGCAUAUUUUGGUUUGGUCUCUCAAGCAUAGUGAGUCUAAACUUUUAAAUAUAAUGUUAUCCACCAUAUCUACAGUGUGUGUUCUGCACCCUGUACCCCACACCAUGCACUCUGAACCUGUACUCUGUUCACUUUCCACUCUACACUCUACAUAGUGCACCCUGCAUCUUGAACCCUCCUUGGGCCAGAACCACCACCAAUCCCGGCUGGUCCCCCAGCCCCAGAGAUAGCCAAGAUUCCUCCAUGUCCCCACCUGCCUUUGAAACUUUAAGUUCCCAAGUAGGCCCAGUGCCAAUAAAUCCUUUUAAACUAUAA